CUUCCCAUGAUGCAGCGUCAUUCUCUCUAUACUGAGCCUAGCCUAUCAUUGAUUGGAUUGACAUAGCAUGAUAGCAGUCGUUGCGUACAAUAGUCUAGAUCUGUUGCCGGUAGUUUAAAUUAGUUUGUGAAAUAAAUCAAAAUAUGGCUGGUGAAAAAAAAGUAUUCAGAUUAUCGGAUGUUAAAACACAUAACGAUGCAAAAUCUACAUAUCUUAUUGUACACAACAAAGUUUAUGAUGUUACAAAAUUUUUGGAAGAGCAUCCAGGUGGAGAAGAGGUUUUAUUAGAGCAAGCAGGUGGUGAUGCCACAGAAGCCUUUGAGGAUGUUGGGCAUUCUACAGAUGCUAGAGAUCUAAUGAAUGAUUAUUUUGUUGGUGAUCUACAUCCGGAUGACAGAUCAAAAAAGACAUAUGCUACAAACACAGGACCAACAGGGACAGAUUCCACAUCUAACAGCUCCUCAUGGACUGGAUGGCUUUUGCCCAUAGGUGUUGCCGUAGCAGCAGCUUUUGCCUAUAAGUACAUUGUAUCUUCCUCAGCUUAGAGAACAGUAGCCUGUUUGUGAUUUUUUUUUUUUCUCUGUUGGUUGUUGCUCUGUACAUGAAUUUUGUUGUAGUCAAAAUGAAUUAUACAAAAACAAAAGAAUGUUACUGUAUACUGAGGUCUUAUUUUCAUUAAAAUUUUUAAAACUAUCUUAAACAGGAGAUGUAAGUAAGAGGAGCAGAUGGACAUGUAUAAUAUUUAUGCAUUGAACUGUUUUUGGUACUAAAAUGACCAAUGAGAAUUUUUUAUUUUUCAAGAAAAGUUUUCACCUGACAUUCUAUCCCAUGAACUAUUGUUUCCUUAGGUGAAUUGUGUACCACUGUUCUGAGUUUUUACUUGAGAAAAAUAACUUUUUGUAAGCUAUUAAAAACAUGUGAUACAGAAA